UAUUAAGUAAUUGUAAAAACUAAAGAUAGGAUAGUCACGUUGAACAUGAAUGAAUACGACGUAAAAAAACCAAUUUUACAUCGGAUAGAACCAAAUUUUCAUUUAAAAGUAAGCCUAACAAUUAUUUAUUAUAUGGGAACUUGGCCACCUCAAGGAAAAUAUCGUUCAUUGUAUAUCAUUUGUACGAUAUGCAGUUUCACGUUUAUGUUAGGAAUUUUUUUGUUAACCGAAAUAGCUAAUAUUAUAUUAAGUUUGAACGAUUUAGGAAGAUUUGUUGCUGGAGCAACUCUUCUUAUGACUAAUUGUACCCACGCAUACAAGGUUUGUCUGAAAAAAAUAUGUAUAACGUCAAACAGUUUGCAAAUAAUAAUAAUUCUUCAUCGGCAAAAACGUAUACGAAAUCUUUUAAAUAUAAUAAAAAAUGAUAUAUUUGCACGAAACGAAAUUAAUUACGGUUAUACGGUAACUCGUUAUACUUGGCAAGGAAUUUUUCAUCAUAUAGCUUAUCAAAGUUUUGGUACAGUAGCUGUACUAUGUUGGGGUUUUACACCCAUUGCAGAUCUUAUUGCUGGGAGAUCAAGAAGAUUACCAAUGGAAGGUUGGUAUCCUUACAACGUGACUGUCACUCCAGCUUUUGAAAUCACUUCGUUACAUCAGGCAGUGGCUAUCUUCGUUGCUUGUUUUCAUAAUGUGGCUAUGGAUACUUUAGUCACUGGGCUUAUAACUGUUGCAUGUUGUCAACUUUCAAUAUUGUGUCAGACCAUAGCUUCGAUAAAAAAUUAUCAAGAAGAAAAACUAAUUAAUAUUGUAAGAAACGCGAACGAUUGUUCUAAUGAACAAAAAAUUCUUUAUGAUGUUCCAUAUGAAACGUUAAAGAAAUGCGUUAUACAUAGUAACAUUAUAUUUAGGUUUGUUCGACAUCUAAUUAUUAACAAAAAUUAUAUUUUAUUAUAUUUAACCAUUUAUGGAAGAGUGUCAUAAAUAGUCGUCCAAAUGUGUUUAGCUUAGCGAAUUAUACAACGGCUAGCGUACAUUAAUUUUCCUAAGCGAUAAAAUACUUAUCGAUAUAAUAUACUACA